UAGUAAGAAUGAUAAUGGUGGCAAUGAUGAUAACAAUUACAAGAGCACAUUCUUCAAUAAACUAUAAAGAAGCAUUAGGAAAGAGCAUUUUGUUCUUCGAAGGUCAGAGGUCUGGCAAGUUGCCACCUUCUCAACGCAUGAAAUGGCGCAAAGAUUCUGCACUUUCUGAUGGCUCGGAUAUUCGUAUAAACAUGGUGGGUGGAUAUUAUGAUGCUGGAGACAAUGUGAAAUUCCAUUUUCCAAUGGCAUUCACAACGACAAUGCUAGCUUGGAGUGUGGUAGAAUUUGGAGAUGUGAUGGGUUCAGAGCUGAAGAAUGCGUUGGAUGCAAUUAGAUGGGGAACUGAUUAUUUACUGAAAGCCACAAACAAUCCUAAUUUGGUUGUGGCACAAGUGGGCCAACCAAACGCCGACCAUAACUGUUGGGAGAGACCAGAAGACAUGGACACUCCUCGAACCUCGUACUAUCUCACUAAAGAGAAACCGGGUUCAGAACUAUCUGCUGAGAUUGCAGCUGCACUUGCAGCAUCCUCGAUCGCAUUUAGGGCAACCGAUGCUUCCUAUUCCAACAUUCUUCUCAAAAGAGCUAUCCGGGUGUUUGACUUUGCAAACAAAUAUCGUGGAUCUUAUAACAACAGCGUAGGUGAAGCAGCAUGCCCCUUCUACUGUGAUUAUAACAACUACAUGGAUGACUUGGCUUGGGGAGCAGCAUGGCUGUAUAAAGCCACAAAAAAGCCCGGUUAUUGGGAUUUUGUAAAAUCAAACAUUCAAGCAGCGAACGUCGAUCCUUUCGAAUUUGGAUGGGAUGCCAAAGUGGCUGGGAUAAAUGUGCUUGUUUCUGAGGCAAGUUGUCUUUCAUGAAUUUUUUAUUGUUGUAGUAAAUUCAU